UUGUGCCCCAGCUGUCCAAACAGCAGGCUGUGGCACUGGUCUGUUAUCUACAAAUAUUUUCGGCACACAACUGAUUAAAUUUUCAGCAAAAUUAUAUAAUGGCUGCAAACCAGGACUCCUCGGUCUCUUCGCGCAUAACGCUGUUCAAUCAGCAGGCUGAAGAGCACCAAAACUGGAUGAUGAUCAACCCCUUUGCCCAUUACAAUGUGAGUGAGAUGCCGAAGAGGACUUUUCCGCAGGAAGAAUAUGGCAAGGCUCCGGCGGGAAGUCUAUCCGAGCGGAGAUCCCUGGAGGCCAAUGUCCGGGCUCUGGAGGAGAUCCUGCAGCUGUGCGAUAUGAUAGAGAAAUCCGGCCAAGAUGAUCCUGAGAGCGGUCUCAAAACACUAGGUUUCGGGCCACUUUUUAAUCUGUAUAACGAUAUAUCGGACAAGCUGCUGGCCACCUUGUUGUGCGCCCGAAAACAUGGAUUCGUAGGCUUUAGCGGUGAAACCCUUUUCCAAGGUCGCGAUGAGGCGGUACCCGUGCGCCUGCUCCGCCCCUUUGAGGAACUCAAAACCAAAAUUCUGGCCAAGGUCGCGGAUCUGCGUUGCGUUUUCACCGAAAAACUCGAGGAGCCUGCUGUCCUGCGCCAGAAUUAGCUAAUCUGUUUUAUGAACGAAAAAAAUGGAGAAAACAAAAAAACCUGUCACCAGACCCGUGUCAAAAUCCGCACUUGUGCACCUCCGAGCCCCUUUCGCAGUUAAUUGAAUUACAGUCGGGCUGCGUGGCCAAAAGGCUUUUAGCCAGCACAGCGAACAACCAAGCUGAAUAACCACCAAUCCCGUCACGUAUACGACGGGGGUUGCCACACCACCACCUCCACGAUUGUAUCACCUCCAGGAAAUAAACAAAUUACAGCCGA